AGACAAUAAAAAUGACAGAGUAGCAGAUAUAUUAAUAUCGACAAAAGAUGCAUUAUGGGGUUUAUGGAGUGGAUUUGGCGCAUUGGGAGUAUUUUACUUUGGUAAAGAAUUAUGUAACGUCUUAAGAUAUCAUAUUAAUGUUGCAAGAAGAAGUAAUCAUAUCACUAUUGCAAGAGUGGAACGAAUGCAAACUGGUUUGGAAAAGAUUAGAUUUACUUUAUAUAUUAUAAUGGCGACUAAUAUAUAUUUUGUAAUAUAUUGUCUAAUUUCUUCCAUAUAUCGCGUAUGGAUAAUUACACAUUCUAAGCCAUUAAAUAUAUUCAUGUUUUUAACUUACGCUUUUUUCACCCCUAUUUGCAUUAUUUUUGUCGUAGCCACAAUAAGCAUAAGAACAAUACAAAGUUAUAAAAGAACAACAUUAUUAUUAUCCACAAAAUUAUCGAAAAAUAAUACCCUUAAUUCCAUGGUUGAGAAAAACAUAAAUCAUAAAGACAAUAAGAGGAUUAAUUCAAAUUUUUCUCUUAGGAGAUCAUUAUCAGCUAGUAAUAAUUUACAUAAAAAACGAUCAAUUUUAACUGUUAACGGAAUAGAAAAACAAAUUCUUCCUACGCCAGAAAUACCUGAAUUAUAUUCAAUUACUUCUGCAAUCGCUGCUAUGGAUUAUCUGAAUUUACCUAUUUCUCUUUCUACGGAUUAUUAUAUGACUGAUCAACAUCAAUUUGACGAUUUAGUUGCUUACACUCAAUUUAACAAUGACGUUAAAUUACAAGCAGAAGAAAUUGGAAAGAGAGAAUCUGGAAUUGGAGAAAUAGAUGAUUAUCAAGAAUUACCUUCGAUGACGAUUGGAUUAACUUCUAACAUAACUUCUAUUAUGUCUUCUGGGAUUAAUGAAUUAGACGAAGAAAAAAAUGAUAAUUUGUUAAAACAACCUGAAAAGGUUGUUGUGAGACCUG